AUGGAGAAGAAAUUGACAAUCCCGGGGAUGGGCGAUAUGCCGGACCCCGAGUGGAUAUUUGAAUCAUGGUGGCCGAUCAUUAUUGGAGUCACGAUUGGUUUCAUAUAUGCAUUCAGGCAAUACAUGAGAGGGGCCCGGUGUCUCAGUGAAGCUAAGCUCAAUGGAAAAGUUGCUAUUGUGACUGGGGCAGGCUCUGGUCUUGGAAAGUUUACUGCAGGAGAUUUAGCUUCAAGAGGUGCCCGUGUUUACCUUGCCUGUCACACAGCACAGCAGAUAGAGGAAGCCAUUGAAAGCAUCAAGCAGAAAUAUAAGAAAGCUGAUGUGGUAGGACUGGUAUGUGACUUGGCCUCCUUCAAAUCUGUGGAGGAUUUUGCAUCCAGCUUUAAAAAAAAGGAGGAAAAAUUGGACCUGCUGAUUCACAGUGCUGGGGUGAUGAUGUGCCCAUUGGCUGUGACUGAAGAUAAGUUUGAAACGCAAUUCCAGGUCAACUAUCUAGGCCCAUUUUUACUGACCCAUCUCUUACUACCAUUGCUGAAGAAGGCCGAGGGAAGUCGCAUAGUGACUCAGAUGGCUCCAGCAUACGCUCUUGGCAAAAUUGAAUAUGAUGAUGUCAGUUAUUCAGAGCGAGAAUACGUCACGAGCCAAGCAUUUGCCGCGAGCAAGCUGGCUAUGUUACUUUUCUCUCUGGCUCUUAACAGACGGGAAGAGGGACUAGUGGUGAACUGUGCAUUGCCAGGGAUAGCAAACACCAAGAUCUAUCGCCAUUUGCCUUUCCAGAAGAAUGCGUUCCUUGCCAUCUCUUUUUUCCCAAUUAUCUGUUUAUUGAUGAAGGCAGCUGAAGAUGGAGCCCAGACAGGGCUUUACUGUGCCCUGACUGAUCAUGCAGGCAAAGUAUCAGGCAGAUUAUUCAAGGAAUGUGCUGAAAUUGAAAUAGAAGAGAAUGCCAAGGAUGUAGAACUUCAGGACAAAUUGUUCUCCAAAUCACUCGAAUGGAUCGGCAAGGAAAAGUUUGGAGAGGACAGCUAAACGCAAUCCAUUUGUAUACAUGUAGUUUAAAUAUGUAUAAUGUACUCAGAAGUGGAUAAUGAAAGUAAUGAGAGGAAAGUGUUAGUGAUCAUACUAAUUCGAUAGAACUAAUAAUGUUGAUAAGAAUUAUACGACAAGUAUAUAUGUUAGUGACUUAAUAAAUAAGAAUAUGUAUAGUCUACAAGUUUUUCAAGAUGUGCAUUAAUGUCUGCAGUAAUGUCGAGAUUAAUAAAGACAGAGUGUGUGUUCAAAAUCUUGUUUAUAAAACUAUUGAAUUUUUUAUUAAAUGCUUUUGAGAAGUGUUCCUUUCUAGAAUUGUAGAAGUAGGUGGGAAAGGUAUUCACCAAUUUUAUAAUAUAUUUGUUACUGUUGGAGUCAUUUGCCAGAUUGAAAAACUGAUAUGAAAGAGGGAGAAAGAAUGUAGUAAAGAUGAUCACCAGUUUUAGUAAAGUGAAAUAACAGAUAAGAGAGGAAGGUAGAGCAACAGAUGCUAAGCAUGGUAUAAAGAUGCGGUAUAGACUAACCCCUACUUCAUUCUUAGUUUGAUGACUUAACAGGGUGUCUGUGCUAUCAAAUCAAAGGUUUGUUUAGAAUUACUCCAAAACACUGUAUUGGUUCGCAGAACUCCUGAUUGAGCCUUCCAACUGAAUCAAAAAAGAUUCAGAGUCAAAAUAUGAAGGCGACUUUUUCUUUGGACUGUCGUUAUCCUUUACCUGUACUCACAAGUUUUUUCAUUUACAGAAAACUUAUCUUUGAUAAUUGGAGAUAUCGGGAUUCUCAGGGUUAUGAGAUGGUUUGUAUACUGUUAAGGUUAUAUGAGAUUAGCAUGUGUGAUGAUAUCUACUUUAUACUAUUGCUGUCUAUAUAUUUAUUUAAAUUUACAUGUUAAUUCAUUUUUGUUUUGAAGUCAAGUAUUACUGGAUAUAUAUAACAUUAUGUUAAUCCCAGCAAAUAAGUAUGGAAUGGGUGUUACCUUUUCCUGUCCACACCAUGUUGAUUUUCACGGGGUAGUCCGGUUCCCACCCCAGUAAAACCCUUCAUAUUUUCAUUCAGGCAUCCUGGAUACCCCAUGGGUUGCAAUCACUUUCUCUCUCUGCACACCUUAAAAUAUUUCAUUGGAAAAUUGAAGGUUCUAUGUGCAACACCUUGUGGACAAGAUGAAAAGACUAAUUUGAUCCUUUGAUGUACAUCAAACGAAUCUCAAGGUCGUAUAACUGUAUAUUGUAAUGGCUCUGAAGUUGGGUGUUUCUCCUUUGUAAUCUUCUAAAGUAGUGUAUCAGCCUGUGAUUGGUCAUGGAGGAUUGGUUAUUUCCUCCUGGAACCAAUCAAGUUACCUGGUUAUGCCUUCGGCUUUGCUACAACAUUUUCCAGGGCAUUAUCCAGGGGUGCAGAAAGCAAAAGUGAUUGUAAUCCCUAUAGUAUCGAGAAUGACAUCCAGGUCAACAAGAGUGAUUAAUAUAAAAUGAUAUAAGCUUAUCAGACCCUAGAUUGCAGAGGAGCUGGAUUGUUCAUCUGUUUAUGACUUUGUCUUGCUUGUAGAAAUACAGUGUAUGUAUAUGUUUAGGCUGUUGUGUGAUGCCUCGUUGUAUACUAAAUUAUUAACUGAUUCACUUCUCCUCUCUGAAUAUCAUACCCAUUAACAAUGUUAAGUGCCUGUGGAUUGUAGAAAAGCUUAAUCAUAUGUUGGGCAGGUGACACCUCAAGUCUGAAAAAGAUUAAAAUUACAUUUGUUUUUGUAAAAAUGUCAAUGUUGAUACAUAGAGUUGUACCACUGGACCAUUAUUCAGAUAUUGUGACAUCCAUGAUUUCACUAUUCCAAAAACUUAGAAAAUUGACGAUAGCAGGAUGAAGUAACUUAGCAAAUCAUCAAUGUUUAUUAAAAUGUUAAUUUAAACGAAGAAUGCUUUAGCAAAUACUAUAAGGUUAUGUCAAUACACACAUUAUGUUGAUAUAGUUGCAUGUUGAUAAAUCAACAUUGUUUGUGGCCAUGUGAACAGCCAAGGACUUUUUCAGCUUGUUUAUCAGCUUCCUGUAAAAGAAAAGAGACUGCUAGGGGUAGGGAGCAUUGAACCACAUACCUCAAAUCUUCACCCGAGGUACUGUAGGGCAACACUGUAACCAACUGAGCUACCAUGGCCCCUAUAUAAGCAAGGUGUAUCAUAGGACCAUAACACUGUUUGCUAGAAGGCUUAAUGUACGGUAAACCUUCAGUCAGUUAGAAUCGGCAGGUAGUUCAAACACUUGAUUUUUUCAUUAAAAAUAAUAAUAUUCUGUCUAGUGAUAGUUCAAACCCUUUCUAAUUUGUAUCGCGUAUAUUUCAAAUCGUUUUGAACAUAUUGUGAGACCGCAUGUCUUACUGUUGGUAAAGUAAUUGGUGUCGCAGUAAUCGUUCCGUGUGGUCAGUAUUUAUAUCGAUCUUUAACACUGUGUACUCUCUGUGAAGUGGAACUGUAGCAUCAUUUGGUCACCAGAUCAUUAUCAUAUGACAUCAUUGAUCUCCUGCUGGGACAACAUUGUUGUUUACUAUUUGAAGAAUUUCGUAAACCUCCGUGAGAGUAAAAUCUGUAAAUAUAUCGCAACUACUAUGUUAAAAUGUAAAUGGUUAUGGUAGAUGCUGUGGUUUUAUCACACACAUUCCUUAUGCUGAAAAAACUAUCAGGUUUUGAAUCCAGAAAAAUACAAUUUAGAUUUUUAGUGUUGGUAAAUUAAAAACUUUGAGAUCUUAAACUUAUUGUAACAUGUGGCAUUGUUUGAUCGUAUGAAUAGAGACUUUGUAUUCACAAGUUAUUUUUGUUAUCUAGUAAGAUAUAUUUGUGGUUAUUUGUGUAAACUACAAAAUACCAGUUUAGUUUGUAGUGCUUUUUGCAACUUUCUUAAAAUGUGCAGUGUAUAAUACUUUUCACUGCGAGCAUUUAUUGCUCCGUUAUUAAUAUUAAUUACGUCCAUUGUCUUUAUUGCUUUUCCUUUGAUAUACCGUGAUAUUCACAGGUAAAUGAAUAUUUUGAAAGAAUAAAUGUGUAUUCAUUUAUAUACGCCUUCAGAUUAUUCAUGAACUUUAUGUAAUCUUCUAUUUACUAGUAUAUAUAUUGUUUUUCUUAACCAAGUACAAUGCCUAACCGAUUUCCAUUAGAAGCAUUGUGUUACCAGUGUAUCCACUUAAAAUCCUACCCUUUAAGUGUUAUAACCAGCACUGCCCAUAUAAUUUAUUAACCGAUUUUCUUUAUUUCAUUUACUUUGUGAGUAAUUAUAUUAAUUAACCUGUUUGUAUUGGUUUAAAAAAAUUAUGUAUGUAAUUAGGAUAGGCAUAUUGGAGCAAAUUAUUUCUUCUUCCUUGUUGUAAGCAUACAUGUACUGGCCUGUAGACAGUAGUGCUACAUAAUUGAUUGGUACACCAGGACAGACAACAGGCAGUUAUGCAUACUAUCUUCGAUCUUCUGGUUUACAAUGAAAAUUCACCACAUUGAUAGUGAAAUAAAGAGGACAGAUAACUAUACAUGGUAUGGCUUCAUUACUCAUUGUGUUCUAUGUUUAUCAGCAAACUGAAAAAAAAAAAUCAAAGUCAGGAUUCUUUAUUGCUUUAACUUCAUUAUUUUCCAUCACAAUUACCCAUGAAAGCUUCACUGACAUCGUUCUUGUUUUGUCAAUAUCCUCCAUAUUUGUAUUCUUGCUGUUUUUUUUUUUUUUUUUUUUGUUGAUUGUAAACACUAUGUUAAGAAUACUGCUUCUGCCUGUUGUGCUCAUCAAGAUGUCACAUGCUUCCAAAUGGAAAAAAAUACAUUGUUUCCAAAUAUUUCCCGUGCAGUGGAAAUGGGCAAGACUAAAGAUGCCUAAUGUGGAACAGAUCCCUAACAACGAAGAGAUUAGAAAUUAUGGUAUUGAGACUUUGUCCCAUUGUAUGGAAAAACAAAUGCUGUCAAAUUCUUAUUUCCUUUAAGAUUACGUUUUGUUUAUACAUAAAAUUACACCACUGGAUAUCAAAUUGUGAGCAGUACGUGGGCAAGGUGCAUAUUAGAAGGUGACUAUUGAUUAAACAACCGGUUGUGACUUGUUACCUGCUGGGGCUCACAUCUACAUAAUUAUGUGUGGAACAAUGAUUAUAUAAAUAAAUAUGCUUUAAUUCGGUCACUAAAGGGGUAGAUAACCUGUUUUUUUUUUUUUUUUUUUAAACUAUUUCUGACAUUUGUAAACAAUCAUAAUGACUAUAUUAGUUACUUGUGUCUUCCAGCCUGAUGUAAUUUGAUCAUAGCUGAUAUUUGGAUGUAAAAAAAUCAUAAAUAACACACAUUAAAUAUCUCUAAGGUACAAUUGUGUUUAUGUAGAAUCUCAUUAUCAUUAUCAUUAAAAUAAACAGAGACAUAUAUUUUCUUUCUCA